UGGUGUGAUAAUAAUUAAACGAGACUAGUCUGUCCUCAGCCUUUCGAAGUUUCCAUGGAGCUUUGUAACCCAAUUCUGCAGGACAGGAGCAGUCAAUGCGUAUGCAAGCCACCCCAUUGGGAGUCAGACAAGGCAAAGGCACGCCCUUGUAAAAGUGUACUCUUCAAGGUAUGGCAUAGAGAGGUAUGGGAAAGCUAUAAAGGCAUAGCAAGGGGAGGAUGCAGAGAUACAGGGUCCACUUUUAUAUAACGCCUUUCAUAGUAGACCACCAUCAUAAAGUGCUUUCCAGAGGCAGGCCGUGAACUGUGCAGUAUAUGCAGCGUCACUUACAAUAGGAUAGCGAUUUAACAUCUCAUCCACAGAAUGGAGCGCAAGGCGAUGAGGUGACUCGCUCAGGGUCACACACAGUGAGUCAGUCAGUGGCAGAUUUGAACCGGUGACCUUCUGAUUACAAGCCCUGGACUUUAACCACUGGGCUACCCUGCCUGCUUAAGGGAGCACCCGUCUAAGAAAAUCUUCUAUCUCAACCACCUGUUUUGUUUUAUGUAAAUAGAACCAGGCUUCAGAGCUGUAACAAGUCAAAACUGGGACAGCCCUAUUAGGUUCACACAGGGAUCCUGACAGCUGAGAUAAUGUAAAGAAACCGGACUGUCAGUAAAGCCCGCUUUCUGAUUUAGUGCUGUGUUAAACUGAUAAUGUAAGUUUUAAAUGCAUAACAAGUUUAAGAUUGCCGUGGGAUUCUGUAGCUUUAAGAGCGCAUACAGAAAUUGGGCUUGUUUGGAGCGGGUGUCUGGGAAAUGCUUUGGCUUGCUGUUUUAUCUUUGUGUGUGGUCUUCCUGGUGGAAUUAAAUUAUAUUACCCAGCAAUAAAUAAAUUAAACUCUCUUUAUGACCCGGUGCUUACAGAUUGAUGUCCCUUGCACUGAAUCCUAUACAGUAAUUGUCUAGUUUGUUGGUACAGGUCUUUUUCACUUUAGACUCUGUUGGUUUUGGUUUGUAUUUCAAAGUCGAUUUGUUGGAAUUCUUGAGUUUUAUAUGGAGUGCUUGUCAAACGCUUUUGGGCGUGUCUCUUCAGUUCUUUCCCUGGUGCUGUACCCCACCCCGGUGUUUUGUGUCUCUCUUUGUCUGCUCCUGUGUUCCAUCGGUGUCGCUUUUGUUCCCUAACCCUAACCCCCCCCCUUCAACUCGGUCGACCCGACGCUCUGUCUGCCCGGCGUGGACGCGCAGUGCGGCGGCGCGCACAGACAGUCCGGCUCUAUAAUAAAAGCAGCACGCUCACUCCUACACACAGACCGACAGACGCGCACAUGCUGUCUGCUAACUCGGACCUGGCAUCUUCAGCAUCACUCUCAAUCUGUCUCUCCCAGUCCGAUCAGACAUUUACCAGUUAAAAAAACAGCUCCCCUUCGGAGAGGAUGGCUGCUCUUCCCUGGUGCCCAGCCCUGCUCCUCGCCCUGCUGCUGGUGGGUGACUUCACCCUGAUGGACAGCGCCGAGCCCGGCUCUGGAAACAAGAAGAGGGUCUCCUCUCAGCAGCCGACGGGCACUGCCAACUACCUCCAGAGCCCUGAGCUGUGGGCACAGCAGCCAGGGCACCACCGCAGACAGAGAGGCCGCAAGGACAAGGCCAGCACGGGGCUGCUGUCUAGAGAGGUGCAGCAGCUGGGCCGGCCCGAGGACGACGGCACGGGCCUGGAGGGGCUGACCCCGGUGAGGCUGGAGCUGGGGGAGAGGGAGAGUCGGACCUUGGCCCUACAGGACGAGCACCAUGGAGGGGGGUUCCUGGGGUUCGGGAUCCCCUUCCACGAGCGAGACAACCACCCGCCCAGCGCAGAGUCCAUGCUGAAGGGCAGGAAGCAGCACAAGAAGCACAGGGGCAAGGACAAGGCCAGGCACGACAAAGGGCGGUUUGUGGAUCCAGAGCCGGGUUUGCUAUUGAAGCAGGUGGAGGUGUUUGAUGAGCCCCCCUCGGAGAGUGCCUCCCCCUCCUCACCCCCUGCGCCCCCCUCCUUCAGCACCAGCUACACCAUCACCACCACCACCACCCUGGUGACCAUGGCAACGAGCCAGGAGCCCCCAGCACCGCCCCCCGCCGCCACACGACCAAAGAAACCCUCGCAGGGGCGUGUGAGGUCAGACGGUGAUGUCAUGCCAACUCUGGACAUGGCCCUCUUUGAUUGGACGGACUAUGAGGACCUCAAACCUGCUUGGCCCUCCUCCAGGAAGAAAGACAAGCGCCGCAGCAAGACCCUCAGCAGCGGGAACGAGACUCUGGAGGGUGAGGCCGAAGCCGAACCAUGUGACCACCACCUCGACUGCCUGCCCGGGUCCUGCUGUGACCUCCGCCAGCACGUGUGCAAACCGCACAACCACGGACUCAACAACAAGUGCUUCGACAAUUGCAUGUGUGAAGAAGGACUCCGGUGUUACGCAAAAUUCCACCGGAACCGGAGGGUGACACGGCGAAGGGGUCGGUGCAUCAGUCCGGAGUCUGCCGACAGCGACCAGGGCUCCUUCAUCACGGCUUGAGAGCAGGAGGGCACAGUGACGCUCCACGCCACACAUAUCCAAGCGUGCUGGAACAACUGUCUCCACGCAAGGUCCACGUGACGUCGAACGCGUUCAGCUUUUUAUAUUAAACGUUUCAGUUCUGCUUUAUCGUGGAUCUUUUUUUUUUUUUUUUUGUAAUAUAUAAUACUGUAUAUCUCAGAUUGUUACAUUGUGCAAGGAUUUCAUCUUUUAUGAAAAGUGUUUUGUGUUACAUUCAAGAUGCCAAAACUGCUGUGAAAUCACUGCCCUUUUUUGUAUAAAGAAAACGAAUUUCAUUUC